AUGGCUCCCAGCCAAACCUUAGCUAAUGUUUUCACAAAAGCGGACGCUACGAGGUUUGGGACGACUAUCGGAUCGCUGCGAAGAACUCCGCCACACAGGCCGACCAGCCACCCAAGGAAGCAGGAUAGAAGAAUGAUGUACCCAACAUUGGGAAUAACGAAGGGAAGCGUAAGUCACGCUCUAAAGGCAGCUCUUUAUCUGACCAAGGUUGACGAGACCUGCCCCGAAUUCCCUCUUGGAACCCGUGAAGAACUCUAUUUCCCAUCCAACAUCUGGCCAAUGUCAGACUCACUUUACUAA